AUGUUCAGCCCAGGUCACUCGAGGUCUUCUUCUUGUUCUUUAACUGUGGGUGAUGGUCCGGAUUUUUUAGAGAUUACCAUCAAUGAACCUUGUGUGGAUGACGACACCGAUUUUAUGUUUCCUUUGGGGAAUGAAGAGAAAUUUGGCGGGGAUCAGGUCGAUGCGAAUUCAAACGUCGGCGCCGCAGAUAAUGAAUCUCAAAACCUGGAAGUAAAAGAACGUCCGCGGUUAAAUAAAGCACAAAGUGAAGAAGAUGUAGGCGAUAACGAAGAGAAACGUUAUGAAGAAACAAGGAUACAUUCAAUCGGAGGUAAUGAACGCACUAAGCCAAGUUUGGUGACAAGCAAACAACACAUCCCUGGCAAAGGAGAGGUGCUAGCUAAGAACUUGGACAAAAGAAAGUCAGUUAAGGGGAUCACACCACAAAAGAAAGGAGACAAACUUCCCGAAGUGGGAAGCCAUGUAAAAAAACUGAAAGCUGUAACUAAGACUGCAGCAAUUUGGAAAUCUCGUACUCUGGCAGACGGUUUCAGCGUCGGAAUUGAUCUUUCGCAAAGUGGAAAUGAACGGCCUUCUGCAUGCAAGGGAACUCGGCCUUUGUUACGAAAUCUCUCGAAAAGUAACGGCGAUUUCUCGAAGAAUCAUAAGAAAAUAGGGCUGCGUGACGUUGCGACGAAAUGUUCUGCCCAAAAGAAAGAAUAUAGAUUAAAUUCUCUCGAUAACAGGAGGAAAUUUGGCCUAGCUAAGCGGAGCGGAGCUAGGUGGCUCAAAAACACCAUACGUCACGACAAAACAGAAUUACCGCCGAUUGAUUUCUCGUCAAAGGGCCAUUAUUCAACGCAAUGGAACCCAAAACAGAGCAUUUCUCCGUAUUCCGAAAUCAAUAUUUUAAAAGAGCACGAUACGUUUGAAACGCACAGGAGAAAAGAGCCUGAAUUAAAAAGAGUCCUUUUGGAAUCUGUUAUGCAAACCUUAGAAAAGACUCAGCUGGGUGGAAAGAGCAGGGGUGACUUGGUAAAACAUUCUAUCUCUUCGCUGCAACAAAACAACGGUCGGGAACGAUUUAAGAAGAAAGCGAUACCUGUCGUAAAAACUGCAUUAGCUUUCAAACAUCCUAGCAACAAGUUUAUCUGA